GGUGCUGUGAAUGUUCAGCCAGGAGCCUGAGCUCGCAAAUCCAAGUCAAGAAGACAAGACCAGACACUGCAGACUUCUGCAACAGGAAAACACACUAUUAAGAGCAAGAUUUCAACUACUUAGGACAACAGCAGCAAUGAAGACAACACUGGCAACUCUGACUCUCUGCCUGGUGCUGCUCAUGGCCACAGGUUUCCCCUUCGAGAGGAAAGGGGGAGCACAGUCCGGCAGUGCUGCCAAGGAAAAGCGUGUACAGUAUGCAGCGUGGGAUGAUGUGAAUGUCAUUGCCCACGGCCUGCUGCAGCUGGGCCAGGGGCUGAAGGAGCAUGUGGACAAAACCAAAGUCCAGAUGAGGGACAUUUCCAGCAAGCUGAAGGUCUUCAAUCGCACGGUGACCGAGCUGGGGAAGGAAAGCCAGAAGCUGCGAGUGGAGGGAGAGGCCCUGAAGGCUCGGGCCCAGGGGCUGGAGGACAGAGAGGGCCAGCUGCUGAACGUCACAGCCGAGCUGAGGGAGAAGGCAGAGGAGAUGCAGCAGGAGAGGAGGGCGAUGAGCGAGAGGAUGGGCCGGCUGGAGGAGAGGGUGGACAGCAUGCUGCAGGGAGGCGCUGGGCUGCCUGACACGGACGCUGGUGCCAAGAACAACAGUGAUGCUCGCAACAUCCAGCUGAUGCUGGAGGCUCAAAACAGACGCAUUGAUGAUCUGAUGGAGCGGAUCAGACUCCAGCAGGAGAAGCUUGACAAGCAGAAUGUGCGCAUCAGGACGCUGCAAAGUCAGGUCCAGCAGUCACGACAAAGAAGCGCAUCCCUGGGGAGCAGCAACACCGACGGCUCCGUGCAAAGUGGCGUCGCAGAGCAGCGCGACUCACCAGUCGAGAUGGCAUCAGACUGUCAUGAGCUGUUCCUCAGAGGAGAAACCACCAGUGGAGUCUACACCAUCCAGCCAAUGAAUGCAGAGCCAUUUGAAGUGUUCUGUGAGAUGAAGGCUGAUGGUGGAUGGACAGUGAUCCAAAGGCGCCAAGAUGGCUCAGUGGACUUUGACCAGCUAUGGCAGGCCUACGAGAACGGCUUUGGCGGCUUGAAUGGAGAGUUCUGGCUGGGUCUGGAAAAAAUCUACUCAAUUGUUAAAGACGGUGGCUACAUCCUCAACAUCAAGCUCUCCGACUGGAUUGGUGACUUAGCAACCGUCCGUCUCCCCUUCCGUCUGGGUGGAAAGGAAACCAAGUACUCUCUCCAGAUACAGAAGGCUGAUGCUUUCAGCGUUUUGGAGACUUCCCUGGGGACUGACGCCACCUCCUCCCUGCCUUUCUCCACCCGCGACCAAGACAACGACCAGAAAGACGACACCAACUGCGCUAAGCACCUCUCUGGUGGCUGGUGGUUUAGCAAUUGCGGUCGCUCCAACCUGAACGGUAGAUACUUCCAGAGUCCUCCUCCCAAGCAGCGGCACCAGAGGAAGCAGGGCAUCUUCUGGAAGACCUGGAGGGGCCGCUACUAUCCUCUGAAGUACAGCAUGAUGAUGAUCGCCCCUGCUGCAAUCCAAAGCAAGUCUUAAAGAAUAGAGACUUAAAGAAAAAGUUGAGACAAAGAGAAAGGGGGGAAAGAAGUAGAUGUUGGACUAUUCUUUCUUUUUCUUGCUGCUUAGUUGAUGAGGCAGAGGUUUCCAAAUUUUCCUGGUUGUCUCCCUGAAAGGAGGACCUCAUACCAGAGCCAAAGCCCUCAAAACAGAAACAUAACGAAGUCAUGAUCAAUGAAUUCCAGGUUUCCACUGCUGUGUUCUCUGAGAGACGAGCAGAUUCCUCCCUUGCGCCAAGAGCCACAGAUGGAAAAAAUUGUAUACCUUGCACCACUGCAGACAAUUCAUUCCGUUGGCAUGAAGCAGGGGCCCAUUGACAGGAGCGUCACAGGGCAAGUCACGGCCUGUCUACUGUGCUGUAAGCCACAAAGGAUUUCCAACAAGACAAGACUCAUCACUAGACAUGUGGUAUUAAGCGGGCUGCUGUUGAGUUCAAAUGUGGUUUUGUAGCGAGGAAACAGCACUGUCAGGUCAAGAUCACCUUGAAAGCAUGCAUGUAGGACUGAAAUACAGGCUGAUUAAGCAAGCCUUUUAAAAACCCAAUGGUGCGGACCAAAAUGGUGACUCAAUUAACACAAAGGGUCAUUUUCCACAUGAACAUGAUGAGAUUAGUGUUCAAAGGCAUUAUGUAAAGUUAUAAAUCACUGUAAACUAGGAUUACGGUGCAGAAACUGUGUUAAGACUGAUGUUGGAAAGCAGUUUGUGGGGCAUUGAAGACCAUUCAGCCUUUUGUACUAUAUAUUUUCUGCCAGCAAUUUUGAAUCAAAUUAAGCAUGUUCUUCACUGACAUAUUUUUUUCUGUGGAGAGUCUGAAACUGUUAAGUCAUAUUGACUUACUGUACGAUGAGAGAUGUGUUUUUGUACAUAGUGUAUGAAGGAAUGUCACCUGUCUUGUCAGAAAUGUAACUGUUACUGGUCUGUUUUGACGUUAUCUAUUGUCCUGUGACUUGAGAGUUUGUGAUUGUAGAUGUUCUCUUUCCUUAUUUAAAUGCUGUAAAGAAUCAAUAUAUAUAUUUCUGGUGCUGCCUGUUUGUAAUUUAUAUUGUCUAUGUUGUGUUUCCCAGAUGUAAAAUUGUUUUAUAUGAGAAAAUAACCAUUUUUUGGCCAUAAUAAGCCAAUAAAAUUGAUUUAAACUUAA